CCUUUACUAAUUUCUUCCAUUGCCCUCUCUCCAAGAAACAGCCCUGUUAUCUCUCUCUCCCUCUUCCUCCCUUUACUAAUAAGUUCCACUAGGGUUUAUAUGUGCAAAUCCCCAGAUCUGAGCAGAAUGGAUCCAAGCAUGGCAAACCUGAACGCGCCACAUUCGAUGGGAACCACCAUCAUAGGAGUCACUUACGACGGCGGUGUCAUACUCGGCGCCGAUUCUCGCACCAGCACUGGUAUGUAUGUGGCAAAUAGGGCAUCGGAUAAGAUCACACAGCUGACUGAUAAUGUUUACCUCUGUCGCUCUGGAUCGGCAGCCGAUUCGCAAGUUGUUGCAGAUUAUGUGCGCUACCAUCUCCAUCAACAUACGAUAAGCCUUGGGCAGCCCGCUACAGUGAAGGUUGCUGCUAAUAUUGUGAGGCAAAUAUCAUACAAUAACAAGAACAUGCUACAAACCGGCAUGAUUGUGGGAGGAUGGGACAAGUAUGAAGGAGGUAAAAUAUAUGGGGUGCCUCUUGGAGGAACUAUUAUAGAGCAGCCUUUUGCAAUUGGAGGAUCUGGCUCCAGUUAUUUGUAUGGUUUCUUCGAUCAAGCAUGGAAGGAAGGGAUGACCAAAGAUGAGGCUGAGAAAUUAGUGGUGAAGGCAGUAUCUCUUGCCAUUGCGCGUGAUGGUGCUAGCGGUGGUGUUGUUCGGACCGUCAUUUUGAGGUUCAACAGCAAUUUCCUAUGGAAUUUCAACCCUGUGAUGACAUGUCUUUCUUAUGGUGGACAUGUGGUGUAAUUAAUGGUAGCCCAUUAUACCACAGGAGCUUAUUUGAAUUCAGUGACCUCAUUGGGCCAUACAGAAUUCCCCCAAAAAAAAGGAUUUACGUACAUGUUUUAUUAUAAUGAGAGGUUGCUUUGUUGUUCACUUGCUUUACGAGACAAAAGACAUGAGGUAGGUGACAGAUCCAUUCCUGAAGUACUAGGGUUGGGGGUUGUUGAUUUGGGUUGAGCGGUUUGCACAUUGUCAUUUAAAUUUUCAGUCUUUCUGUUGUCACUAAUACAUAAAAGUAAAAAUCCUCAUCUAGUAAACCUUCUACCUAAAACUUGACAAGUUAACUUCCUCCGCUACCCAGCCAAAGAUUGGGAGAAGAAAUUAAUUAGGAAAAAAAAGGAAACUAAAAAUGCCUUAUUCCUCUACUCUUACUAGCCGGCAUCUGCAGAUGGAUGACAAACGUAAAAUUGACUUUUUCUGUUUCCAUCUAGCUGCCAUCGUCUGUUUCUACCUAGUUCUUGGAUGUAUCAAACAAACAAUGACGCUGUCACGGUGAUGCGCUAUGUGUAAGAUGACAAUAAUGUAUUUAGACAAUACAUUCUAGGAAUGAGCAGUGUUGUUGGUUCCAGAACUUGGUACUUCUUGUGGGUGUUAUUAGUUGUUACUAUGUGCCUACAUUUUCUCUAUUUGUAUUCGAAGGUGUAUAUAUCCUUAAAGUUUGUUGGGCCGUCUGCAAAGCUUUUUCAU